AAGUGUUUCAAAGUUAAGUUAGUAAUAUUCUGUUCUGGCAGGAAUCUCCCUGUAGAUUAUACAUUCAUUGAAACAAUUGCUCUUUAUGUUAUCUCUUAUCACAUCUUCAUCAGUAGCAUAUCUUGCUACGUAAAGUUUAAAAUUGAAUUAAUUGUUAUACAAUAAAUUGGGUUUUGUGGAUUUUACCGGGCAAUGUGGGGUCUUGCUGACCAAUAUCACAUGUAGAAAACUAACUGGAUUAUAAUUUUACUGAGAAUUAGAAGCGUACCAAAAUGAAUUGUGAUAAUAAUUUUUCAUUAUCAAAUUUGGAAUGGCUUCAAAAAGAAUCACCUGGUUUUUCAUUAUCUGGAAAUCAGAUCAAAGUGUUGUUUACACCGGAAGAGUUCUACAAUGCUCUGUUAGAUGGUUGCCGAGGAGCUACAAAUCGGAUAAUGAUGGCAGCACUUUACAUUGGCAUGGAUAGUCUGGAACAUAAAUUGGUGGAGGUACUGGAUGAGAGGCUGACAGAACGAGGCAAGGACCUGCAGGUCAGUGUGCUUCUGGACGCAGUCAGGAGCUCCCGAGACAGAAGUGCCCAGUUGACUUUGCUGCCUUUAGUACAGAAGCAUCCCCAUUGUCAGGUAUCUCUAUAUCACACUCCUGAGUUGCGAGGCUUAUGGUUGCGUCUUCUCCCAUUGAAGGUUAAUGAAGCCAUCGGCAUCCAACACAUCAAGAUUUACAUGUUUGAUGACGACGUAAUAAUCAGUGGUGCGAACCUAACGAAAGACUACUUUACGAAUCGGCAGGACCGAUACAUGCUGAUGAGCGGAUGUCGGGCGCUGGCCGACUUCUGUGCUGGACUGAUCACACGGCUGUGCAGCGUAAGUCUGCGGCUGAGUGAUGAGGGGGAGCUGGUACCGAGACUGCCCCACCUGCAUCCCACUCUGGCACCUCCUGGACAGUAUGAGAAACAUGCACGCGAUAUUGUCUGGGGAUACUAUCAGCACGCGCUCAGGAAGAGUAGUGCCCAACUCAAGCCUGGUGAUGACACUUGGGUAUUUCCACUGCUACAAUUGCCCCCCCUGAUGGUGCUUCAAGACAGUUCAGUGACUCAAUCUAUUCUGGAGUCUGUCGACCCUCACACCACCAUACAGUUGGCUAGCCCGUACUUCAACCUGCCGGAGAACUACAUCUCAUCAUUCGUCCACAAGUGCCGAUCAACGUUUAACAUUCUUAUACCACACCCAACGGCAAAUGAUUUCUUCGGAGCAAGAGGAUUUGCCGGACAGAUUCCUUGGCUGUACAGUGCACUGACUGGACAGUUUCUACAUACUGUACGCAGCACAGGUCAAGACAAGCGGUUCUGUGUGGCAGAAUACACGCGACCUGGCAGUUCCUACCAUUGCAAGGGAGUCUGGCUCACUGCACAAGAUGAGGAGUCACCAUACCUCACUAUUGUUGGCUCCUCCAACUUCAACCACAGAUCAGUGAAAAGAGACUUGGAGUGUCAGAUGGUGGUAGUAACCAACAACCCAAGUUUGCGUUGUAGUCUACGUGAGGAGACUCAGAGGCUAUACAGGCAUGGUGUCAUGUUUACACAGGAUGUCGCCCUCCGGCCAGACAGGAAACCAAAGUUAUGGCAUAAUGUGUUCCUCUGGCUCUUCAAGGGCUAUUUCUAGUGACGUACUACCAGUUCUAGUGUUGUUUAGAUGUAGAUUUGUGUAACUUUUCUAGUCUCUCUUUUUUAAGAGAAUCCUAUUGGAUUUAAUGUAAUUUUAGCAAUAAGAUGCCAGAAAAUUAGCUUUGUAAAGCACAAUGUUUAAUUUGGUGAAUUACUUUCUGUUUGUUUAUGUACUGUCUGUAUGAAUAGUAACCAAUUAGAGUAGCACAUAAAAUAUAAUUUAAAUUUCGAUUACACAACAUAGAUUAUUUAUUUUUAUUUUAAGUGAAUAUGACACGCACAAUUUACUACAGCAAUAAGCUGCUUAUAGUAUUACUUUUUCAUUAGUAAAAUUUGAAAUUUCUUAAAUAUUAAAAAUAUAGAUUAAUUAACAUUUAAAAAAUGAAUCAAAUGUAGUUAUUUAAUUGAAUUUAUAUAAAUGUUGAAUUUGUUAUAUUUAUUUAGUGUUAUGCUUUAUGUUAACAUUUCAUACAGUAGAUUUAAACUUGUUAAGGGACCAAAAUAUAGUUUUGGCUAUUUCAAUUAUAUAUAAUUCUCUAAGUAGGCUAAUAUGACAAUCAAAUGAUUUUGUUGGUUAUAAUCUUUUUAAUGGCAAAUUAUAUUGAAUCACAUCUCUAUUUUGCCAUCAUUAAAUUAUAUGUAAAGUAGACUCCCUCUGGUUCGGCCUCGGUUGGUUUGGUUGCUGGAUAAACUGGUUGUCUUCUUGGAAUUAAUAAACCGCCUGCAGGAAAACAUGUGUUUGAAAAUUAGUAAUAAAUGUAAACAUUAUUAUUACUAAUUUAACUAAUGCAACAGUGAAAAUGCAGGAUAGACUUAUAUUUUACAGUGUCUAGAUAAAGGUGAAUCAGUGCAAAGCGUUAAAAUGAAGUUCAAUAUGGGUUAAAGUACUGUUAAUGACUGGCAUCUUAACAGAUAGAAAGAAGACUGGAAAUUUCAAUAGGCCCCUCUCCAUUGUUUAUGAGUUUUCUUUAUUUCUGUUUACAUAUUUUACAUUUCUGUUUAUUUCUAAAUUUACAUAUGAAAUUGAACAAAACAAUAGUACCCCAUUUUUAUACGUAUUAGUCAUUAGAAAUGAAACAAAAUUUGAAUUCGAUAUGUACAGGAAACCAACUCAUACAGAUAACUUAAGAAACACUACACAUAAACAGAAAUAAAGAAAAUCUCAUAAACAAUGAAGAGGGACCUAUUGAAAUUUCCAGUCUUCUUUUUCUUAAUUUAUUGAAAAAUUAAACUGCAGUCAUAUAUAAUUUUUCAUACUGGCUGAAAUAUUUCCAAAAUUUUUGUAUUUGUAUAUUUACACCAUAUGGUAUUUUAAUAUGGAUUGUAGCAAAGGUAAUGUAAAUAUUUAUUUGUGGAGUCGCCCUGAUGAAACCUUUGGUUUCAAAAGGCCUCGUACAAAAAAUAGGCAAUUUAGAAAAGUAUUGUUUUUAUUAACAUUUAGCCCUCAACAAGUUUACAAUAUUGACAAGAUGGGUUUUGCCUCAGAAAAGUUUUACUAUGAUUCAAGAAACUUCAGCGUCAGAAUUUAAGGUAAAUAAAGAGAUACAGCAUCACUGUAGCAUUAUGCUGAAAUGCAACCGGUUCAUACAAGUAGAUUCCGUUUGUCAUAGGGAAGGCAGCCAAACCCAAACCAUUUGAGAACUUAAACAUGUCAUUUGUUCCAGAGUAAAGAACUCCAAAGUCUGCCUGGAUUGAUACAUAUUUGUUAAAAGAGUGGUUUUUUCAAGAUUCUAAUUAGUUCCAAGAGUUAAAGAACAUUUGACUCCUUGAAGUUGCCGAUUAAAGCAAAUCUUGUGCUUUAUAAAGUGCCUACGCUUCGCUAUUGUCUGAUGUAUCAAUACUGGAACGCCAUGAAAAUACAACAAUACUAUUGUUUGGGUGAAUAUACUGUACUUGAUUAUUAAAACCACUUUGGAGUUCAUAUUUGGUUCUGAUUUGAUUCUAUAGGUUAUUAAGAAAUACUGCUGGUUAGUCUGGCUCUUUUUUAAUCAGUCGAUGCUCCGGUCCCAAGGUGACUGCACUAGAGGGAAUCUACUGUAGUAACAUUUGUAUUCUAAUGAAAUGUGAAGUUUUUUACAUAAAGAUAAUAAACGAUUCACAAUUUUAAAAAUUUGUAAUAAAUCCUAUGGAAUAUUGGUGCUUUUAGAGUUUUGACUCAUGUACAAGAAAAUAAAUUCAACAAAGUUUAUAACAAA